CUAGCUCUUUAAAUCACUUUCAGAACCGAUCUUUUAGUAAUGCCCCAGAGAAAAAAUUCGAAAUUCUAGUGUAGUUAGUAGAGAACAAAGCUGAUAAUCGCAAUGGGACCGCAGCCCGAGCAAGCGCAGAUGCACUUCAGUCCCAAGGUGGACUACAUCCUGAUUCUGGACAAGCUGCGCGAGGAUUUCAACAAGAAGUUCGCCGUCAAUGUGCCGUCGCCUAGCACGGGAUUGGAUGACUACGAUGUGAAGGCCACCCUAGGCUCGGGAUCCUUUGGCAAGGUGCAGUUGGUGCGGGAGAAGGAGUCUGGCAAUUACUAUGCCUCCAAGCAGCUGAGCAAGGAUCAGAUCAUCAAGACCAAGCAGGUCAGCCACGUGAUGAGCGAGAAGAACGUGCUGCGAUCGAUGACCUUUCCGAAUGUGGUCAAUCUAAUAGCCUCUUAUAAGGAUUUUGAUAGUCUGUAUCUCGUUCUUCCACUAAUUGGCGGUGGAGAGCUCUUCACUUAUCACAGAAAAGUGCGAAAGUUUACUGAGAAGCAGGCUCGUUUCUAUGCCGCCCAGGUUUUCUUGGCUCUGGAAUAUAUGCAUCAUUGCAGUCUGCUCUACAGAGAUCUCAAGCCCGAGAACAUAAUGAUGGACAAGAAUGGUUACUUGAAAGUAACUGAUUUUGGAUUUGCCAAGAAAGUGGAGACCCGUACAAUGACCUUGUGUGGAACUCCCGAGUACCUGCCACCCGAGAUCAUCCAAUCGAAGCCCUAUGGAACCAGCGUGGACUGGUGGGCCUUUGGGGUGCUGGUCUUUGAGUUCGUGGCCGGUCACUCGCCCUUUUCCGCCCACAAUCGCGAUGUGAUGAGCAUGUACAACAAGAUUUGCGAGGCCGACUACAAGAUGCCCAGCUAUUUCAGUGGGGCUUUGCGCCACUUGGUGGAUCACUUGCUGCAGGUGGAUCUCUCAAAGCGCUUUGGCAACCUAAUCAAUGGCAAUCGGGACAUCAAGGAGCACGAGUGGUUCAAGGAUGUGGAGUGGAUUCCCCUGCUCAAUCAAACUGUGAAUGCUCCCUAUGUGCCCAACAUCAGCAACCCGGAGGAUUUAUCCAAUUUCGAUAAGGUCUCUGAGAAGCCCAGGCCCAAGGCAAAAACCAUGCGACAUGAGGAAGCCUUCGCUGAUUUCUAAAUUUUGUUUGACUUGUGAUAGUGAUGGAUCUUUAGAUUUUGUAAAUAUUCGGCAAUAGCUAAGAACUCGAUUCCAAA